CGCCACAAAGCGUACGAAGGCUACGCCGAAAUCUAUCUCUUCAGCUCAUCUCGAUUCUUUCGAAUCAUCAAUCUAAACCAACAAAGAUGCCAUCAUAUGCUAUAACAGGUGCAGCCCGGGGGAUUGGCUUUGAAUUUGUCAAUCAACUCUCCGCUGAUUCUGGGAACAUCGUUUUCGCCCUUGUACGCAAUGAGGCCACUGCGAACAAGCUUAAGGAGCUGGGAAGGCAUAAUGUCCACAUUAUCGAGGCCGAUAUCACUAAUAACAAGGCUUUGAAGUACGCUGCUGCAGAGGUUUCUCGAUUGACAGGCAACUCGCUUGACUACUUGAUCAACAACGCUGGGUUCGUAGAGUCUGAGAGAGAUGGAUUGACUCUUGAUUCGUACUCCUCAGAAGAGUUGCUCACUAAGGAUCUCCUGGAUUCGUUCAAUGUCAACGUCGUCGGUAUCAUCCACACCAUCAACAUUUUCCUCCCGCUACUCAAGAACGGGAAAGCAAAGACGGUCGUCACUCUCACUAGUGGAUUAGGAGACCUUGAUGUGACGAUGGGCUCUGAAUUUACCACCUCUGGACCGUACUCCAUCUCGAAAGCCGCGGUGAAUAUGGUCAAUGUCAAGUAUGCUGCUCAAUACAAGUCAGAGGGCCUCGUUUUCUUGGCGAUUAGCCCGGGACUUGUGGACACUAGCACCAGGGCCCCUACUGACAAGGAACUGGAGCAGUUUAUGGCGAUGAUUGGGAAGUUCAGAAACAUCUAUCCCGAUUUCACGGGGCCAAUCACGCCAGAGACAUCUGUCCGAAUGCAACUCGAGGUCAUCAAUCGGAUCACCGUCAAUGACACUGGAGCGUUCAUCUCACAUAAAGGGAAUAAGGAAUGGUUGUAGGUUUCAUAAAUACUCUGAUAAGCUCCAGCUUUGUACUAUAAACAAGUUACUUGAUGUCUUGCUAAUCACUCGCCUUCCACCCUCGGCUUACAACUAAUGUCAGCAAUAACCUUCACGACAGCAUUAACAGCGUGCACAAUGUCAAGAGUGAGAUAUAAUAAUGAGAACAUAUACAUAUGUGCGCAUC